GCGGGGAGGCGCGGCGGCGGCCUGAGCCCGACGCUGGGCCCGACGCUGGGCCCGGGAGUUCUGGGGCGAGGCUGGCGGGGCGCCCGCUCCGAGCGGGCGUUACGUGGAGAUGGUCGCCCCGGGCCGAGGCGAGGCCGGGAGCUCCAAGCUAGAGAGAGGAUCCCGCCCGGGGCCCAGAAGGGACUGCCGUGGCUCGCCCCGUGACCCGAGAUAGGAAGUGUUCCUGUUGAAGUCCCCAGAGCUCCAGUAGUGCCAGGAACUGAGGCACUAGCAGGGCUGAGACUUCAGAGACCUCAGGGAUUCCAUUUAGUACUCAGAAACCUUCGACACACCCUGGUGAUGGCACAUAGGGACUGUUUACUUACUCUUAGCCUGAAUGACUGCCAAGGAAGAAGACAAAGGUAGAGCAAUCGGACCUCUGGCUCUCCCCAUACUUCUAAUCUCAGAACAUAUUAAACUCCUUUCUGAGCCCAAGGAUGAAGCUCACUUGAAUAAAUGACUUUGAGUCAUGAAUGAAAACUCUUGCUCUUUCCAUAAUGAGAGAGAAUUAAGAGAUGGACAGGUUGAAAGUGUGUGUGCUGGGUGUCCUCCACCAUAUGACAAGGACAACAGUGCUCUUCGGGCUUUCAGAGGAAUUCCUAUCUCAGAGUUGAAGAACCAUGGCAUCCUCCAGGCCCUGACAGCAGAAGUAAAAGGAUGGGAGCCAGGUGUUGUGAGUACAGAGGUGCUCAGAGCCCAGGAAGAAUGGGAAGCUGUGGACAACAUCCAGGCAGAGACAGGGAUCCAGGCCAGCACAGACCAGCCUGGGCAGCUUAUCUCCUUCAGUGAGGCCCUGCAGCAUUUCCAGACUCUGGACCUCUCUUCCUUCAAGAAAAGAAUCCAACCAACUAUUCGAAGGACUGGGCUCGCUGCCCUCCGGCACUGCCUCUUCGGGCCUCCGAAGCUCCACCAGGGCCUCCGUGAAGAAAGGGACUUGGUCCUGACCAUUGCUCAGUGUGGCCUGGACAGCCAAGACCCAAUGCAUGGCCGAGUCCUUCAGACCAUCUACAAGAAGCUGACUGGCUCCAAGUUUGACUGUGCCCUCCAUGGAGACCACUGGGAAGAUCUGGGCUUUCAGGGAGCAAAUCCAGCCACAGACCUGAGGGGAGCAGGCUUCCUUGCCCUCCUGCACCUGCUGUACCUGGUGAUGGACUCAAAGACCUUGCUGAUGGCCCAGGAGAUUUUCCGCCUGUCUCGUCACCAUAUCCAGCAAUUCCCUUUCUGUUUGAUGUCUGUGAAUAUCACCCGCAUCGCAAUCCAGGCAUUAAGGGAGGAGUGCCUCUCCAGGGAGUGUAACCGGCAGCAAAAGGUGAUCCCAGUGGUGAAUAGCUUCUAUGCCGCCACCUUCCUUCGCCUCGCACACGUCUGGAGGACACAGCAGAAGACCAUCGCUGACUCUGGAUUUGUCCUCAAAGACUUGGAAGUGUUGGCCAAGAAGAGCCCAAGGCGGCUACUCAAGACCCUGGAAAUCUACCUGGCUGGAGUGUCAAAGGGACAGGCCUCAUUGUUGGGACCACAGAAGUCCUGUGGGACACAAGCCCCUCACUCCAAGGAUCUCACCUUCACAGGAGUGUGUGACCUGCCACCACAUUCAUCUGAAGGCACAUGGCUGAUCUGACUAACCCAAGGCUGACAGACUUGAAGGCUGGGCCACAGGGGCUUUGGGAGGGUAUGUGGCGCAUUAUGCCAAGCAUACCCCGGUGGGCCUGGCCAGGGAAGCCAAGGGCCCUCACUCACGUGAGAUAGUAGGGAUAGUUAGACUCACCCCACUCCCCACAGACCUGCCUCCAGAGCAAGAAUUUGCAUAACUGGAGAUGAGCUAGUGGAGAGUUGGUUUUCAGGAAAUCUCAGUGAGCGAAUGGAUCAUGAGGUGGGAAAACCCUGCCUGGAUAUUCCAUGUAUCCCCACACUGAACGGUAUUCCCAUGCGGAGGUGCCAGAAUUCUGACUCCCUGGGCAACAGGGCUCUCAGGCCCUGAGUGUCCAUGGGAUAGGGACCCUGUAGCUAGAAUUUGAAGAGAGAAUGUAGCAGCGGCAGCAGCCAACAGGAGGCAGCAAGAACCAGGGCAAGAGGCCUUCUCUCCAUCCUCUGCCAGGCUGGUAUCCAGGCCCUUCUGGGGAUUCUGGUCUUGACUUACCCACCCUCACCUCUCCGCAUCCGUCCGCUGUUUAUGAUACAGAACCAGCUUUCUGGUAGGUGGCACCCCUGGCACCCCUCCCAGCUGCCCCCCAGCUGGGCACCCCCCUACUACACAGCACCCACCCUGUGGAGGUGUACCAGUUCCUGACAGGGAUGGUUUGCUGGCCUGGCUGAAGGAAGGAGGAAAUUCACACACCAGCAGUUUUUGAAUAAAAGAAUUGUUCUAGGCCAAGGGCCCCAAGUGUUUUCCUCCAAGAUAAGCCUUGCGCCUUCCUGUGGUCCUGUUCCAGGCCAUGGUGAGAGCCAGGGGCUCCAGGAGAGAAGGUUUCUCUGCCCUGGCCAGACUCCACUGAGCGUAUAUGGUGUCCAUCCUGUACUUAGAGGCCUAGAGACUCCUUGUACACUUGAGCCAGGGGGCAGGGUGGCCCGAGCUCUUGUUAACAUUGCUGUGAGACCUCCACAUGUUUUUCCUACAUUCUCUUCAGGAGAAGCUGGUAGCUCUGUUCUCCAUUCCUCCAGGCCAAGGUAUCCUGAGCUGGGGAGCACGGGGCAGGCGAGACCCCAUAACACCGCUCUCCUGUCCGUACUCCCUCAAGGAGACCCAUGGAAGACCAUGGUCUCACCCCUGCACGUUUCUCCAAAUCUAACCCACUGGAGCUGGGGUGCAUCACAGAGGUAGAAAUGGCAGCCAGCCACCCAGGUUGGCAGAGCACACCCCGCCGCGGUUAGCAAGAUGCUUCAAGGGUGGGACUGGUAGCAGACCAAUUUGCCUUGUGCCAUCUUGGCCCAACCUGAACCAAUCCUUUGUUUGCUUCACCUCCAGUCUGGGUGUUUAGCAGGCCUGUAAGGGUGGCCAAUUGCUUACUGAGCUUGGUGGGGCUGGAACGCAGAAAGGCUACAGCUCAGCCUCCACUUCGGAGCAUCAGUUCCGUAGUUCUUCUCCUGCAGAUUCCCUCCGCUUGCUCUUGGGCCAGAAGGCUAACUCAGAAGACCUGACGGUGAAUGCCCAGCCUGCAUCAUGGCCAGGGACCCGUCCAUGCAGGCUUCUAGCUGGAGGGGAGGCCAGUGGCCUCUGCAAGAGCCCUUUUGAACCAAGUCACUCCCAUGUAAUGUCUCCAGAGUGCUCAGCUUGAGACCUUGUGAAUAACCAACAAUACAGUCGCCAUGGAGUUGUAUGAAGUUGGUUCUGUUGGGGAAGGGGGAGGGGAGCCGAAACCCUUUGAAAGUAGAUGCAAAAAUCUUAACCUGUACAUUUUUCUUAGGAAGGGCCUACCUAGGCCUUCCACGGGAGAUGUAAAAUACUUCACAACCCUAAAAAAGUCAGAACUAUGGA